CAAUUGGCAAGGAAACGGGAAGCGCACACAGGUUGUGCGUGUCCCAGGCAGAAACCCAGUAAGAUCUUAAGAAGGGGAAUCGAGCAACACAUUAGAAAACUACGGUGAGCUAGUUAAUUGCAGGUGACUAACUGUUUUGGUCAAAGGUUGCAUACAUAAAGUGGUCAUAAACAUGGGCUGCUGCUUUUCCAAAAAAUCUAAAAGGAAAUCCGAAAAGGAGCUGACACCAACAUCGGUUGGAACAGAAAACACGACCAAUAACAACGCCGAAGCGGAACCAAAGAAAUACAGUUGGGACACGCGAGAGAAGGUUGAUCCGAACGACUACACACUGAAAGGGGCCAAGGAUGCCACGAUCGGCCGCCUGCCUGGCAAAUUGAAUGGCCAGCAGCUGGUCAUCCAGGACUGUGAGAACUGUGACAUCUACGUCUUCGACCACUCGGCCACCAUCUCCAUAGACGACUGUGUGAACUGCCGAGUGGUCCUGGGGCCGAUCAAGGGCAGCGUGUUUAUCCGCAACUGCACGGACAUGAAGUGCGUGGUGGCGUGCCAGCAGUUCCGCGCCCGCGACUGCAAGAAGGCCGAGGUGUUCCUGUGCUGCUCCACGCAGCCAAUCAUCGAGUCCUCCACGGGCAUGAAGUUUGGCUGCUACCAGUACUACUACCCGGAGCUGGCCUUCCACUUCAAGGACGCCGGCCUGAGCAUCUUCAACAACAACUGGAGCAACGUCCACGAUUUCACCCCGGUGUCUGGUGAGACCAACUGGAGCCUGCUGCCCGAGGACACCGCGGUUCUGGACUACGUGCCAGCGCCCGACCAGGAGUCGGAGUUCAAGGGCAUCAGGGUCUCGGCGGACGGCAGCCGGAGCAUCGUGCCCCUGACCCGCGGUGGGAGACGCAAGGACAGCGACGAGUCCUGCCUGUUUGUGUUCUUCUGUGGGGACUACACCACUGCCAACGCUCGCAAACUCAUCGAUGAGGCCAUGGGGAAAGGAUUUGUUCUGAUCCAAACCAAAGAGGUUUCAAUGAGGCCUGAAGAUGCUAACCGCGUAUUCCAGGGCAGUGCUGAAGAUUUUACGGAGCUGAUAACUAAAGGUCCAGUUGUAGCUUUGGAGUUGAAUGGAGAUGGGGUGGUGGAGGCGUGCCGUAACAUUGCCGAUGAAGUAUUCAGUGGAACGAAGGUUUUUGUUUCGGAAAGCAAAAACACCUCUGGGAGAGAUGUGGAUAAUUUCUUCAAUUUUGCAGACAUGCAGAUGGGACUGUGAAGCUUUUUUCUCUGGCUGCAUUCUGUAUGUUAUGGCAUUAACAGAUGGCCAAAGUGAAUUAUAUUUUUGGCAGAAACUGGAACUUGUUCAUAAGGCACACAUGGGCAGGCACAAACAGUUGUGCUUAAAGAAUGUGUACCUGCCAGUCAAUCUCAGUUUUGUACUUGUUGAAUGUAUUUUGGAGCGAUAAUGUGUUUGUUUGUGGUAUCUCUUGUAGCUGUUCAUUUAUAUCUAAGUACAUGUAAGUAGAUGGGUGGAUACCAUAAAACAUAAUUUCAAAUUGAAAAACAGUUGAUAAUAUUCUUAGCAAUUCUGUACAGCACAAAUGAACAUAUGAUUACAGAUAAUGGUUCUGUAAAUCAAUUUUAGAUUAACUUUAUUUGGAUUACUGGGACAAAAUUGAAGUGUCUCAAUUGUGUUGGUGUAUAUAUACAUUUUUACAACAUGUUAUUUACCAUUCCCAGCUAGUUUAAUGUUUUUAAUGCACUGAAAUGUAGUCCAAUUAUAGUAUAGACAAAAAUGUAUUUUGAAUACGUAUACAGAUUUUCAGUUAUCAUUUAUUCAAAAAUGUGUUGAUGUUCAUAUAAAAUGGUGUAAAAUGUGAAUUAAUUUAGAAUAUCUUGCUGCAUGUCUUUGCAGCUGUUUAAAAAAAAAUUGAUUUAAGUUUUAAUUCCUUUUACUCCAAAUUUAGGGAGUUGAUAUCUGCAACAGGUGUUGGCACCCAUCAGUGUAAUUUUU